AUGGCUUUUCUACGUUCACUUCAAGCAGAAGAAAUGGCUAUGACCUCGAAAUCCCACAAGAGGACAAGCUGGGAAAACUUCUUUGCUUAUCUGGGUCCUGAAUUUCUUGUCUCUAUUGCAUAUAUUGACCCUGGAAAUUUUGAGACUGAUUUACAAUCUGGAGCAGAACACAAGUAUGAGAUACUAUGGAUAAUAUUGGUGGCUUCAUGUGCUGCUCUCAUCAUCCAAUCCAUGGCAGCCAACCUUGGGGUGGUCACAGGAAAACAUUUGGCAGAACAUUGCAGAGCUGAGUAUCCUAAAGUGACAAACUUCAUCCUUUGGGUUCUUGCUGAGAUUUCUAUAGUUGCAUGCGACAUUCCUGAAGUGAUUGGAACUGCCUUUGCUCUGAACAUGCUCUUCAAAAUUCCUCUAUGGAUUGGCGUUCUUUUGACCGGAUUUAGUACUUUGAUUCUUCUAGCACUACAACAAUAUGGGGCCACGAAACUUGAAUUCUUGAUUGCUUUUCUUGUACUUACAAUUGUUGCAUGCUUCUUCGUGGAGCUUCACUGUGCGAAGCCUGAUCCAAAAGAAGUCCUGAAAGGAAGGAUGCUUUCUGUUCAAUCCUGUGAUAUUUGUGAUUGUAGAGUUAUUUUGACUGGAAUUGGGUAG